AUGAGCAGGGGUAGACUAAGGGUCAGCUUGAACAAGAAAUAUGACAAUGUCUGGAUUCUGUGGUCUAACAAAUAUCAUAAGCUGAGACAAAACAUGAUUUUCUCCACUGUAAGGGUCAUUAGAUCAUGGGAUUUUUCCAUGUUUUCUAACAUGGAACCAGCCCAGAGAGAUUCAAUCCAAAAAGCACUGAACGAAGAUGGACAAAAACUUGUUGACGAAGGAGAUUCAAACGAUCCAGACCUGAAGCAGUUACAGGAGGAGAUUACCUACUGUAACAAACUGUUCCAAGACUUCUUGAAAAGGAUGAAGAGUGAUGAAGGUGAAUUGUAA